AUGAGCUCGAAAGCAAAUAUGAACACUCAAGCUCAAGAUGUGGAAUACGCAAAUACGAUAAACUCUGGCAAAACUGGCACAGCAAAGCGCAAGAACAAGCCAGGUCGUCCGAAGAAGAAGAAAGCCGCAAAGGAGACAGAUGUACAUAUCUGCCCCACAUGCUCCCACAUGAGUGACAUACUACCUCUCCAUUUUCUUGGAGGCAGAGCUUCGCAAAGCCGAAAACAAAGGAAAUCACUCAAUUCAUUCUUGCAGCUAACAGCUGAAUUGCCAUUCGAUACUUUGAAGGCACAGUUACUUGCUCAGAUUUUGGCAAAACUCAACCCCAGCAAGAUCUCAUAUGACGACUAUGACAUUGUCUGGACCGUACCACGGAUCCAACCAUCUCCUUUGGCUCUUGCUUUGGACAGCGAUUACAAAUUUUUGCUUCAGCACGCCAUAAAACACAAAGAGCUGCAGACAAAUAUCACCAUCAAGGCUCGCACGAACAAGAAGAAAAAAAUGAGGAAAGACACAAGCUCUGGAGAGGAUGAUGUAGGUUCUGAGAAUGAGAGUGAAGAUGACAAGCAGCUGAAAAAGAAGCCAAAGAAGACUUCAGCAAAAGAAAAAGCCAAGAACAAAGACAAAGCACAAGCAAAUCUUGAGACUCCUCCAAACCAUGCCAAAUUCAAUACACUCCCAGGGCAGAAGGGCACUAUCUCUCUUCUUCAGUGUCACCUUGCUGAACAUGCACAGCCUGCAAGUCAGCCUCAUGCUCCAAACAACAACAUACCUCAACCUGCACCUGCUGGAUCAUGCACUGAAGGUGGUCAAUCAGACUCUCUGAUUCCCUAUGGUAUGCUGCAUGGACCAACACUUUCCCUCAAUGAUUUCUAUAGCAACUAUACCCUCAGCGAUGAUAUCCACAUGAAGCUACACCAGAACAGGUAUACAGGCAUGGAGACUAUCUGUUACAUCCUUGUCUCAGAGCUGAAGGAAAUGGAGUUCAAGCUGGGAGAGAUUGCUGUGAUGCGUCCAGCUAUGAAGUGUUGGUGCAGGUGA